AUGUUUGCAUUGCAACAGGCUGGUCACUCACAAGAAACAUUACUUCUCUCUCAAGAAGAAAUUCACUUCAUUCUCUCUCACACCAUCUUCGGAUCAUCCACAAACAGUCACCAAGAUGCACAACAUGUCGUGGAGCAGGAAGAAGCAGAUGUAAUGAACUUUUACUCUCUCAGCCAACUGCAGCAUGACUACACUGAAGACACAGCUCAACACAUGAUUCAACUCUUUUCAGCUUCAUCAGGACUGGAUAAAUUUCUCCCAUGUUUGCAUAUUCCUGGCAUCGGAACGAGGUAUCUACUCUUUCAUUCUUUCCUCUCUCAAUUACAACAAGAAGAAGAUUUAUCUCAACUCACACCCCGAAAAGCCUUUCUUCGGUUUGCCAAUUAUUUGGGAAGAACUCGUUCCUACAGAGCAUUGGCACUCACAGAAGACGAGUACAACAAGAUCCUACAACAGGAUUCCAUUCAUCCAACAGGAAGACUGAAAACCACUAGAGAGAAUGUCGAGCAAAUGGUCCAGCAAUACGGAAUUUGGAAGAUUUGUCAUGCCCGAUUGUAUAUUGGGCAACGAAUGGUCCCAUACGAUCCAUCCCUCUCGCUACAUGAUCAUCCAGAAACAGCAACCUGUAUUGCAAAGGGAUAUAUGUCUCUCCCUCACCGAAAAAUCUACUUGAUGGAAUUGCAAAUUCCUCUCAUUGAGGUAUUAGGAUUCAAAGUAAAAGAUGUAAGCUACACUCCACAGAAAAGAUGGUUCUACUUUGGUAAAAUCUGGUUUGAUAGCUUUGAUGAAGCAACGGAGAGAUAUACCCUGUAUGAAAUUCCCUUCUUGUCCAAGCGAUUGAUGAAGGUACGAGUUUUUGAGGAUUCGAAUGAGGUGGAGAAUUUUCUUCAACCCUUUCGAGAGAGUCAAGAGGAGAAGAAAAGACUUUGCAAUCAUGAUCUCGUUGAAGAAGAAGAAUCAGAAGAGGAUCAUGAUGAUGAUGAUGAUGAAUAA